GGCGGCGGCGGCGCAGGAGCCCGCGGGCGGCGGCGCAGGAGGCGCGCUCGGCGGCCGCCGCCUCCCCGCCCCGCCGCCGCCGCCAUGGCGGUGCGGAGCCGCGGCGCUUGGCGGCGGCUGCUGCUGCUGCUGCUCCUGGCCGACUCCACCGCCAGCCCGGCGGAGGAGAGCGGCGGGCGGCGGGAGGCGGGCGGCGGGGAGCAGAGCGAGGAGGCGGCGCAGCCUCACCACGACUCCUCGUACGGCACCUUCGCCAGCGAGUUCUACGACCUGCGCUACCUCUCCGAGGAGGGUUACCCUUUCCCUACUGCUCCUCCUGUGGAUCCAUUUGCAAAAAUCAGAGUGGAUGACUGUGGAAAAACUAAGGGAUGCUUCAGGUAUGGCAAACCUGGAUGCAAUGCAGAGACUUGUGACUACUUUCUGAGUUACCGUAGAAUAGGAGCUGAUGUUGAAUUUGAGUUGAGCGCUGACACUGAUGGCUGGGUGGCGGUGGGAUUUUCCUCAGACAAGAAGAUGGGAGGAGAUGAUGUCAUGGCUUGUGUUCAUGACGAUAAUGGAAGAGUCCGAAUACAUCACUUCUAUAAUGUCGGUCAGUGGGCUAAAGAAAUCCAGAGAAAUCCUGCUAGAGAUGAAGAAGGAGUUUUUGAGAACAACCGUGUAACGUGUCGAUUCAAGCGUCCUGUGUAUGUUCCUCGAGAGGAAACCAUCGUAGAUCUGCACUUGAGUUGGUACUACCUGUUUGCUUGGGGUCCAGCAAUUCAGGGUUCUAUAACUCGUCAUGAUAUAGACUCACCACCUGUAUCAGAGCGUGUUGUCAGUAUUUACAAGUAUGAAGAUAUUUUCAUGCCAUCAGCUGCCUAUCAGACCUUCUCUUCUCCAUUCUGCUUGCUCCUCAUUGUUGCACUGACCUUCUAUUUAUUGAUGGGAACCCCAUGAGCGAUGGAAAAUAGAAAGAAAUUGUCAGUGGAAGUUUCUCAGGAUGGACGGCUAUAUGGAUGGACCUUGCAUUUUUCUAUUGGAAUUUGUAUCACACCACCAUCCUCAUCUAGCUGCUUUUGAACAUAGCUAGCUUCUCAGAAGAAUGAAAUAAUCAUCUCCUUUAAGUGGCAGAGUGGUGACAAAUCAUUUAAGAAUAAUCAGUGAACACAAUGGAGAAUAUUUUCAGUGUUGUGGUGACUUGCUUAAAGAAAAGGAGACUUUUGUAAAAUCAAUGUGCAUGUGCGUAUGUAUGUGUGUCUGGAAGGGGUGUCUGUAUGUGUCUUUAGGUAAAUUUAAUGAUGAACGUUUUAUCACAUAAUAAAAUUGCCUUCCAAAUUGCUCCCCAAAAGCAAAAUUGGGAAGACAUUAUAAUGCUAUUUGGUACUUCUGGAGCAGACAGCACAACUCUAAGUGCAGUUUGUGAACUUAAGAUCAGGAUACCGACACAGUAUUAUAAAACCUGCCCUUCAGUAAUGGGCAGUUCUCCUACUUUUUAAAUAUAUUUAUCAAGUCCUACUUGCUCUGGUACUUUCGAAAACUGAACUUGCAUAAUCUAGCAUUUACAUGAUUUUUUUUUUCAAUGGAAAAGAAGUGAUGAAUGUCUUUAUAAUAACAGUGUUUCAACAGCCUUCUUGAAAGAAAUGACUACUUCUUUUUACGAGUGAAAUAUAAAGUUAUUUAAACAAGGGGAAAGGAGAAUACAGUAAUAUAAAUUGUCCAUACAUAGAAAAAACAGGUGUAAAACAUAGAGAAUAUGGAAGUUCCCAACAACCAUAGGACAUUCUCCCAAUAGAUUAAAUAAUUUUUUUCUCUUUUUAUGAAAAAACAGUAAUAUUGCUGACAUGUAAAUAUAUUUUUAAGCAGUUGCAUAGUAGUAAUCUGUUUUUCUGUGUUGUAUGCCUGUAUAGCCUGUUCAUGUUGCAGAUGAAUAUGGGCAGCUGGUGUUAACUCACAAAGAAAUGGAAAUGGAAUUUCAAUUUUUAUGUAAGGAAAGACAGGGAUUAAUAAGAAGAGCAGUAUCUUUAGUUUCAUCAAACCAUUGCUAAAAUGUAGUUACUGUAGAAAAAGAUGAGCUAAAGAGUAAAUACAUUAGAUUUUUUAAAUCACCAGUAAAUAUUACUAAGAUAAGUGCUAAAUGUUACUGGAAUGGAAAGUGUCAAAAUGUAUUUCUGAGCCAUGGAAUAUUAUGAAAAACUUUGAGUCCUCGUAGGGAAUUUCUGUUCUUCACCCAAUGGGAAGUGUAUGAUGCAUACAUGUGGAGCAGUAAAAUGUGCUAAGGUAAGGUUGCUCAUUCACUUCCCAACUUGCAAUGAAAUUCUAUUUAGAUAGAAUUAAAAUUUAAAUUGUGCCAAAGUUCUAUCUGAGGUGGUACACUUGAGAACUCUGUAACAUGGGAUCUGGUAAAGUGUGUGAUGGACCUCCUAUUAUACUUAUUGCUGCAUAGAAUGUAAAAUGAUUAACUGGCUUUGUUGUGUUUGCAUCAUUAUUCACAGACUAAAGUUUGUAGACUAAUUCUUUUUAAGCUCAGCAUUCUUCAAACCUAUGCUUAAAGUAUAUGAAUAAGAAUUGAAAAGCAAUUUAUCUCCACCACACACACUUGAUCGCUAUUUCAAAAGAAAGAUUGCUUAGUAAUAUAUGCUUUCAUCGAUGUCUUUAAGGAUUUGUUCACUUAAAAUUGCUGGACUAGAGUUCAGGGUGGGGAAGAUAAAUUCAGAAUGAAAUGAACUUUGAAAAUGCAUCUAAUAGCUUUACUUAGUAUAAAUUACUUCUCUCAGUUUGGAUGACCUACUAAUCAUCUGAUGAAAUAUAUAGUAGAGACCGCCUAAUAAGGAAGGUCUGCUAUGGUCCACAAUGGCUGUAAAAUUUAGUCUUAAGAUUGGCUGAAGCAGAAAGCCGAAGCCUCGAAUAAUGAAUUUUAUAUUCAGCAAUCAAGUGAAGAAAUCAUUAGGGCAAAUUAUUUCUCCCUUAUGGUAAUUUGUAGGUAGCUGAGAUACUGCAGUUCUUUCUCAGAGAUCACAGCUAUUUAAAGUAGCCUCAGGGUUGCUUUAGUUUAUGGCCUUGUAUUUACUGUUUUAGUUUCAGAUACCUACCUGAUUACCCACUAAAGGGCCAAUCUAAUAACUGAAAGGUACUGAAGUAGAAUACAAACCCAUUUUGGCUCCACUUUUCUUUAAUACAGUGCUGGAUUUAGGAUAUCCUGCUGGACGCGAGCACAGAGGGUUGUUACAAUGACAAUAGUAACUGAGAUAAACUUGCAAACGCUUACAUGGAGUCAGGCUCUAAAGCAACAGCAAAUUCAGAACAGAGACAGAACUGCUUAAGGAUGGGACUGCUGCAAAGUAUAAACUGCUUCAGUCUUCCGUUGUACCCAUGUUUUCAAUUAGGGUAAAAAAUAAGGUUUUUUUUCUUUACUUUUUCAGCUGACUUGUCAGUGUGCUGCCUGAUGUUUUUGUCAUCAUAUUUUCUGUUGUUGAAGUACUAGCAACAAUGUGCGCUUCUAUAAAGACUUUCACCCAA